CCUAAAUGAAGAGGGAAAUGUUGCAGCGCUCAUUUUAUUAAUCAGACUGUCAAUUUCACCCAAGAGGCCAAACCCAAGAGCAAUCUGCAACAGACUGAGAUCAACCCAGGGACACGCACCUCGCUGCUCACUCCUCUCUUCCCCUCCACUUGGAUAUUAUUCGUCUGACCGAAGGCCGCCUCCAUCAUCAAGUGACAGCCCUCUCCUGUUUAUUUGCUUAUAAACCUGUUACAAUAAAUGAUCAUUGGAGCAACGUCAGCCGAGCAUUUUAACAACGAGCAGCAAACCCACUUUUUUGAUGAAUGACAUUUCGCCGCUGCGGGGAGGAAGGAUGCUCGGCUCAUCGUGAGCAGUCGCUCGUCGAUUGCAUUCAGAUUCUUCCAAUUUUGGGGCGUCUUGCUUAUAAAAAGACAGUUAUUUAGAGACAGUUGCUGAGUUGCAUGCGGAUUUAGCUCCGACACAACUCAUUGGUGCUCCAGCCCCCUGGACAAGUGUUGUGUGUUUUUGUGUGUGUGUGUGUGUGUGUGUGUGUGUUGUGUGUGUUGUGUGUGUGUGUGUUCUUUUUUUUUUUCCCCUCCUCCUCCUCCUCCUCCUCCUCUCUCUUCCUCCUCGUGUUGCACAGCUUAAUGAUGGAGAGGAUAAGAAAAGAGAUGAUAUUGAUGGAGAGAGGUCUGCACAGUCCCGUCUCAGGGAAGAGACUCGCAGACACGCCGGGAAAUUCAGUGCUGGAGGCCCUUGAGAACUCCCAGCACGGCGGACGGCUGAGCCCGAGAAUAACUUCGGCUUCCCUGCACGGAAAUCUGGGGGACAUCCCGACCAAGGGCAAGUUUGAAAUUGACAGUCUUUUCGGCACGCACCACGGCGACAACACCUCUCCGGCGGACAUCUCAUCGUCAGAGAGCCGGAAGAAAAUGAGCAUCUACUCCGAAGUUUCGCAAGAAUCCGACAUCAACAGCGAUGUGGAGGUGGGAUGCCCCGCGCACCGCUCCCCGAGCCAACACAAGGAAAACAACAAAGGUUUUUCAGACAGUAAUUCCGGGUCGUCCAACACGAGCUCAAACUCCCUCUCGAACAUGAACGGCAAUUUAUCGGGGGGAUCGAACAACUCCAACAGCGACCAGGUCAGGAGGUACCGGACCGCCUUCACCCGGGAACAGAUCGGACGACUGGAGAAGGAGUUUUACCGGGAAAAUUACGUGUCGAGACCGAGGAGAUGCGAGUUGGCCGCAGCGCUGAAUCUGCCCGAAACUACUAUUAAGGUGUGGUUCCAGAACAGGAGGAUGAAGGAUAAAAGGCAGCGCUUGGCGAUGUCCUGGCCUCAUCCGGCAGACCCCAGCUUCUACACUUACAUGAUGACGCACGCGGCCGCUACAGGAAGUCUACCUUACCCUUUCCACUCGCACAUGCCUCUACACUACUACCCGCACGUCGGUGUCACGGCGGCAGCGGCGGCCGCCGCCGCAAGCGGCGCCGCCUCGUCACCUUUCGCCACGUCCAUCCGGCCCCUCGACACCUUCCGAGCGCUCUCCCACCCUUACUCGCGGCCGGAGCUCCUCUGCAGCUUCAGGCACCCGGGACUCUACCAGUCGCCCGCGGGCCUCAACAGCUCCGCGGCGGCGUCGGCGGCUGCGGCGGCCGCGGCGGCGGCGGCGGCGGUGAGCGCGCCGUCGGCCGCCGGGCCCUGCUCGUGCCUGAGCUGCCACAGCAGCCAGGCGGCGAGCGCGCUGGGCGCCAGGAGCGCCAGCGCGGACUUCACCUGCACAGCCUCGGGGCAAAGAUCCGAGAGUGGAUUUUUGCCAUAUUCUGCCGCAGUUCUCAGCAAGACGUCAGUCCCGUCACCGGACCAACGAGAAGAAACUUCACUCAACAGAUAACUCGUCACGCAAGCCCCACGCGUCCGUUUCUUAUUUCUGCUCUCUAGUCCUACUUUAGGGAAUAGGCCUCCUUUAAAUGUCCCACCCGGGUAAAAGCAUUCCUUUACUUAGGCAGCGUUGUAAACACAAACACACACCGAGAUUCAUUUCUAAAAAGGUCUGAUUCAAGAUCAACAAACUCUUUGUAAUGAAAAAGACACGAUGCAACGAAAUUUUUUGCAACUCAUACAAAGACUUUUCUAAAAGCCUUGUGCCAUUGUGUUUGUGCCAGUAGACCAAUUUUUUUAAUGGACUGUGCUGGAUUUGGGAGGGAAAAACACAGAUGCCAUUUCAAUUGGAUGCAUUUGUUUCUCUACAUUUACCAGAAAUAUUGAUAAGGAAACUGAGACAAAUUCAAAUAUUUCUGCGACUCAAACAUCCAACGUGACAAAUCCAGCCUGGCUACAUCUCUGACUCCUCUGGUUUCAGAAGACACAAACGUGGGCUAAUCAUACCAUCUAAAUUUAGAGAGCAGAAGCUCCUGCUUUCCUCUGCCCAGCAGCAGAUCUUUCUUCACUAUAGGCCUAAUAGACUGUGAUUUUUUUGGCAGCAAUAGCGUCUCCGACACCCAGCCCCUGCUCUGUGGGGACACCCCUAAUCAGCUGGAGGGUGCACAUACUUUUUUGCAGCGCGUCUUUCGUGUCAAUUUUUAUGUUAAUAACGAGAGGAUCAUGACAAAAAUUGCCAAUCAUGUACCAUAGAUGGAGCUUCUUUGAAUACACGACUGCAAGGAAAGUUCCUCGUUCGGAGACCCGCUGUCAAGUGCUAACAACCCGCGGAGGGAAGUCGUUAGACAUACAAAAGACCGGGAACGAGGCGACAGUCCUGGUACACACAAUGCACUGUAUAAAGAUAAUAUCUGACACGUGGAAGGUUUAAAAAAAAUUAUAUACAUACACACACAAGAUGCCUGUAAAAGGGCCUCUCAAAAUUCGUUUGCUGAUGGGAAAUAUACCUCGAUACACACAAACACACACCACCCUCCUUAUUUACAUUGCUGAAGCUCAUUAUAGCAAAUCCAGUAUCUUCAAAAAGGUGUGUAAAUCCCCGUAGGACCUCUCUCUCUCUCACACACGCGCGGGCGCGCGCGCGCGCACACACACACACACACACACACACACACACACACACAUACACACACACACACACACACACACACACACAGUAAUGGGACUGAGCGAGGCGAAAAGUUCAGAUGAAAACAGCCUGGCUUCACAAUCUGUCUGCGCCUGUAAAAUGGCUAUGUGCUAUUUGAUUCGUUCCUGUUGGGACAUCACCAAUAUGUUGAUUAUAAAACAUGUGAACUGUAAAUCGUGAAAAGUAAAUAUUUUGCAAAUAUCAUGGAUAGUCCUACUGUUAGAGCUGAAAACUGAAUAUUUGAUCGCCCUGGGGGACAAAAAAGCUUCAUGAACUGUGGAUGGUAGGCUAUUUUUGAACACCUUUUCUUUAUUUUUUAAUGAUUCUUAUUAUUUAUUUUUGUGUGACUUGCUGAAUGUUUUUAAUGUCAAAACACUGGAUGUACCACGCUAAUAGCCUACACAAAUUGGCCUGUGAACUAACCAACAGUCCCAAAAUUCACGAUCAUGUAUUGUGUGCAAAAGAAAAAAAAAUUCAGACUGAAUUAUGGAGAUGGAGAACAUUUCUUCAUUUUCCACUCAAAGGAGACUUUUUUUUUGAAAGGGCUGACGAACAAGCACGGAAAUUAAACGAAGAAUGACUAUUUGACCUUUGUCCCCCUCCAGUCUCUGUUAUAACUCUAUAUCUCUGUAUUUAAAAUUUCAAUGACUGUAUGAAUUUAAAUAUUUUAACUUGAAAAAAUGUGCAAUAUGAAAUGUAAAUCAUGUUAUUUAUUGAUCGUGUUUGU